AUGGCUGAAGUCAGUUUUGAUGAAGGAGGGAAGCUGGGUCUCCAUGCCUUCAGUCAGGGGAAUCAGGAGACAGUCCCUCGCAUCGGUUUCAGGAAUAAGGAUGCUUCCUUUGAGCUGGAUGCCUGCACCCUCAUCUCUUCCUCAAAGUGGCUGAGGCUUCAUGGUCUUAAGGAAUCCAGGCUUCAACUGUCCCAGAUUCUCUCUCAGAUAGGAUUCAAGCACAGGGAAGAAUACAUUUCCUCAUUGAGAAAACCUGUCUCCUCUCAAUAUGCUGAAGGUUUGUUUUCGCAGUUCACAAAAAAUGGACAAAUGUAUAAUUUAACAGCCAGCAGAGACCAGCUCUCUGAGUUUGUUGCCAGCUUGAUGAGGAGAAUGAAGCUCUACAAGCAGCGCCUGGACUGGCUGACCAGUGGAAGUCGGCAGAUGUUCGGUGUCAUUCAGGAACACUCUGUUGCUCUCGUCCUGGACUUUGGCAGCGUUUCCAAGGCUCAAUUUGAUCUUUGUUGUGACGUGCUGUGUGCUGUGCUCAGGGAACAGGUGGCACACAUUGCCACAUUUCAUCUCAUUCGGGCAGCUGCAGAGAUGGAAAUGUAUCAUGAGAAAGCAGUUCACAGCACUAGAGCCACCAUCGAUUCUGCAGUGGGCUGGAUAAGGAACCUGGAGCACAAGCCCUGGAGCAGCCAGAGCAGAGCGGUGGAGGCAGUUCUGAAAGCCAUGAGCAACAAAACAGUUGAAGCCGUUUAUCUCUUUGCUGCGGGGGAUUUUAAAGAAGCUAUGGUGGAUCUGUUGACAGCGUUUCCCAGUCUGUGCCCUGUCCACACUGUAUCAUUCAAUGCCAAACAUGAAGGAACUAUAAAGCUCUUAAAGAAUUUAGCCCAUCUCACUGCAGGGAGGUUCCAUGCUUUCGCAGAAAUGUUUGAUUACACAGAAGAUGCUUUGUGUAUUGCGGGUGGAGAGAGUGGUGUGCAUGGCUCAGCUCUCCAGACACUAAGAAGACCUGUUGGAGGUCUACCCCCAGGAGCUGGAGUUAGGGAAGAUGUAUUCCUGAUUUGGAGAGAGAUGGAGGAAGCCAGGAACACUCUGCAACAUGUUCAGGCUCUUGUUCUGGAAGUUCCUCAGCCAAUAGGGGGUCACGAGGCAAUGAUUUCAAAGCACCCUGACAUGCCGAAGUCAGAGGACUGCAUGAGCUCCAGGGACUGGCUGCAGAAGUAUGGCUUGAAGGCACAGAAGCUGUUAUUUUACGAUGCUCUAGGCGAUUGCGCCUUUCCCCAUUCUGAUGGUGUCGUUGAUGUGAAAUCCAAGCCAGCUGAUGAGAGCUUGCACACCGAUGCUGAAAAGAGAGACAAGCUUGUCAAUGCCAAAUACUGCGACCGAUUUGCUCACACAAAGUGGAGAGAUGGAUCAGUGGUCCACAUGUAUAUCACUGCUGAGAAGUGUAAGUGGUAUGAAGGAAGGAUGAAGACAGCUCUCAAUCACUUACAGAAAAGGCUUGACUGGCUUCAGACUGGCAGCAGGGAGCUGUUUGGAACAGUUCUUGAGGAUCAGGUGUACGUCCUCAUAGACACUUCAGAAUCUAUGAAGGACAAGCUGCCAACAGUGAAGGACAAAAUCUUACAGCUUAUGCAGGAACAGCUACGACACAAAAGCAAAGUGAACUUUGUGAGGUUUGAUUCCCGCGCUGUCGCCUGGCGCGAUCGACUGGCAGAAGUCAGUGAACAAAAUCUGGAAAAUGCCUGGCUUUGGGUAAAAGGAUUUAAGGUAGGCGGCUCUACAAACACACUGGGAGCUCUGAGGCUGGCCCUGGCUGAUCCUGGAACUCACGCGGUCUACCUCCUCAGCGAUGGGAGACCAGAUCAGCCUCCGAAGACGAUUCUGGCUCAGAUGCAUCUGCAUCCUCCGGUUCCCAUUCACAGCAUCUCAUUCCACUGUGCUGAUCUGGAAGCCUCCAGGUUCUUGCAUGAGCUCUCCGAGGAGACUGGGGGCAGGUUCCAUUGCUACCAGUGUGACAUCACAGAGCCCCAAGCUCCUCAGCCAUUUGUGGUAACAGUCUUCACUGGCAUUAGAGCUGGGUAUCGGUACUGUAUGCACUGCAGCUAUCAGUACUGUUUGUCCUGUAGUUAUCAGAGUACUGUAUGUCCCGUAGUUAUCAGGACUGUGUGUAGUGUGCACAGAGGAGGAUGUCCCUGCUCGUUCUGUCCUUCAGUGCACGUUGUUCUCUCAAGUGAAGACACAUAUCUUUUAAAGAAAGAAAUGGAGCAGGGGAAGCAGGACCUGGACAAAGUACUGAAGCUUCAAGCCGAGUGUGUGAUACUGGAUUGGUACCACAAUGGAGAUGAGCAGAUACAAAACAGAAACCAGGAAAGACCCCACAGUGCCUCCAUGCUUCAGUCCAGCUCUGAGGAUCUUGAAGUGACUAAGAGAGCCCUGUCGGCACUCCCCUGGACCCCAGCCUCUCAUCACAGUCACAGAGACAGGGAUCAGACCCACAGAUCAAAGGAUCUGCAAAGACAGAAGCUUAGACAUGCAGCUUACACAAGGUCCAGUCUGCUGCGAUUCCUGAGCAAUGGUGUGGGAAUCAGUGGCAAAGACAGCGCUCUGCAUGAGUGGAUGCUGCCGGAAACCCAGCAGAUUUUUAAAAGGAAUUUAGCAAAACAAAAUCAAGUACUAAAUGGACUCCAUUUAACAGCAAACAAACAGAUUCAGAAGAAAGCAAAAUGCAAACCAAAGGAGUCAUUGGACAUGUCCUCAGCUCGCUGGCUUAAAACCAAUGGUUUGGUUGCCAGAAGGCUCACCAUCAUGGAUGCCUUGGCACCUACCGCUGUGCCGCAGACCGCGAAAUACAUUCCCAUAUUGGACAAGCACGUCUGUUCUAAGGUGUUUGAUGAGAUUUUACCGUUGGCCCAUGUAAGUAACAGCAAGACACGGAUCACGCUGGUUAAUCCCCAGGCUGUGAACCUGGAAGUUUACAAAGAGAAGCUGAAGCAGGCUCUGAAAGCCUAUGAAAGACGUCUUAAUGGAAUUGUGUGGAGAGCUUUAACCCAAGAAGAAAGAGAUAAGUUUGAUAGCACUGAGCCAGUUCCCUUCAAAGAACACAAGGAAGCUCUGCUUCAGGCUCUGGACAGGCUGGGCUGGCCGAUUCCCGAGGAGAGCCUGUCUGUGCUGGAGGGGGAGAUAGAGACUGGGCAGGCGUAUCUUCAGCAGGCCUCAGACUUACAAAACCUAGCACUGGAAACGCACUCACAAUCUCAAGAGGGCAACACAGCCGAAGAAAAGAUCCAAGGCAGCAAUGUGUUCAGAGCCAGUGCAGGAGAGAAAAGGGUCCUGGACACACUAAGAGGCCAGCGGGCCAUUGCCAGGGCAGAGGCGGAUGGCUUUUAUUACCCAGGUACAGUGACAAAAUGCAUUGGCUCCAAAAAGGCUAUUGUUAGUUUCAGCAAUGGAGAUACCCAGAUUACACCACUAGGGCUUCUGAUUCCCAUUGGAGGUGCUCUCCCUUGCCCACCACUGCAGGUUGGAGAUUUUGUAUUUGUUCGAAGUGGGACUGACUGUGCCGGAGAGUGCUAUGUCCCUGGUAUUGUUAUAGCAACCCCACAACGAGGCAAAUCAACAGAUAAAUUCUACAUGGUUCUGAAAUACAACAACAAACAAGAGGUUUUGCUGCGCAGCGGGAUUGUUAAAACUAGCCAGACAAGGUAUGCCCUGGCCUGCCGUUACAUAAGAGAAUGCCAGAUGAUCUCUCACACAAUGCCUCCUGCCCAAACUGAGCAGCCGGCAAGACGGGCAUUGGUCAGAGAAUCCACCAAAGAGGCCAUGACACCUCUAAAAGCGACACAGCGGUUCCAUGGCUGGGAUAUGAGAAAAUGUCCAUGUGUCAACAUUUUACCGUUGGCCCAUGUAAGUAACAGCAAGACACGGAUCACGCUGGUUAAUCCCCAGGCUGUGAACCUGGAAGUUUACAAAGAGAAGCUGAAGCAGGCUCUGAAAGCCUAUGAAAGACGUCUUAAUGGAAUUGUGUGGAGAGCUUUAACCCAAGAAGAAAGAGAUAAGUUUGAUAGCACUGAGCCAGUUCCCUUCAAAGAACACAAGGAAGCUCUGCUUCAGGCUCUGGACAGGCUGGGCUGGCCGAUUCCCGAGGAGAGCCUGUCUGUGCUGGAGGGGGAGAUAGAGACUGGGCAGGCGUAUCUUCAGCAGGCCUCAGACUUACAAAACCUAGCACUGGAAACGCACUCACAAUCUCAAGAGGGCAACACAGCCGAAGAAAAGAUCCAAGGCAGCAAUGUGUUCAGAGCCAGUGCAGGAGAGAAAAGGGUCCUGGACACACUAAGAGGCCAGCGGGCCAUUGCCAGGGCAGAGGCGGAUGGCUUUUAUUACCCAGGUACAGUGACAAAAUGCAUUGGCUCCAAAAAGGCUAUUGUUAGUUUCAGCAAUGGAGAUACCCAGAUUACACCACUAGGGCUUCUGAUUCCCAUUGGAGGUGCUCUCCCUUGCCCACCACUGCAGGUUGGAGAUUUUGUAUUUGUUCGAAGUGGGACUGACUGUGCCGGAGAGUGCUAUGUCCCUGGUAUUGUUAUAGCAACCCCACAACGAGGCAAAUCAACAGAUAAAUUCUACAUGGUUCUGAAAUACAACAACAAACAAGAGGUUUUGCUGCGCAGCGGGAUUGUUAAAACUAGCCAGACAAGGUAUGCCCUGGCCUGCCGUUACAUAAGAGAAUGCCAGAUGAUCUCUCACACAAUACCGAGCGUCCAAUCUGUGAAGCCAUUUCUUAAAGAUUCCAAACAACAGAAAGAAAAAGGAAAGGAUCCAUCAGAAGAGCAGGGAGGAGAUCCAAAGAAGGAGAAGAGGAGAAGAGAGAGGAGGGAGCAGAAAGCAUGCCAGGAUUCUUCAGACAGCGAGGAGACAGCUGUCAGUAAACAUGACCCAGGGAGUGCCUCAAGGGAUGAAGCCUGCACAGAGGAGAAAUCCAACGGGGACUAUGAAAGAGAGAGAGCCGGCACGCCUCCUCGCGCCUCCAGAGCAGUUUCAUGUGUUCUGCAGUCUAAACUUCACUCCAGGACCAGCUCCCUGGAAUCUGGCAGACUGUCCACCCCUCUGUCCUCAAGGCAUUCUGAGGUGCUGACAGCUCCAUCAGCACAACCAGCCUCUUCAGAGCAGAGUGACAACUCUGCACGGAGGAUCAGGAAACUGGAGGACUGGGCUGAAGAGCUGGAGCAGGCCCUCACUGAGCACAGGGAACAACAAGAGCUCAUUCAAAAGCAUGUAAAAGAUCUGGUGAGCUGGAAGAUUCAUGAAGACGCAGAUAUAUUAGACAACCAGAAACAAUUAGCCCAACAGCAGCAGGAGCUUCUAGAACGACUCACAAAGCAGAGACCUCUUACAAGCAGCAGCGCAAACAGGAGACAUGAUGAGAGAGGUGCGGGUACCUUUGAGGAUAUUCCCGAGUAUGUAAAGAUUGCCAGACGCAGCCUCCCUAAUCUGACUCCAGGAGAGAAGCCGCUUGCCCGCUGGUCACUAGAUGGAUGGUAUUCCCCAGGUUCUGUUAUUCACUCCUGUGGUGAUCAGAGUUACUUUGUGCAAAACAAUGAGGGAGAGCUUGAGAGAAUAUGGAGAGAGGAUCUUAUCACAGACACUGAAGAUGCUGAAAGCAUAAUACAGCUGGGGGACCCUGUCAUUGGCCUGCACCAACUGUAUCCACACAGCUAUUGCCCUGGAGCUGUCCUUCGAGUCAUGCCGGACUUGAAGCUAGAGGUGAGAUAUUACGAUGGGACUGAAGCUCUGGUGCCCAGGGACCAGGCCUAUUUGAUUUCCACCCAGAAGUUUGAACGAGACGUUGCCUAUCUGCUAGAAUGUGAAGCACGAUGGGUGGGACAGCCAGUUGUAGCAAGAGAUAACAGAAGUGGAACGUAUCACCUGGGGGAGGUCCUUGAGCGAGUUGGUGAUGGAAAGCACUAUGUGAUCCUGUGGGCGGAUGGCUCCACCGCAGUGCAGAGUGCUGCUUUUAUCUUUGGAAAGUUUACUCGCUCUCGUACCUUGACGCUGGGAGACCGUGUUCUAACACUAGCAGAGCCCGCCUCCCUCACUUACCUGCCUGGGGUUAUCCGUGGGUUCAAUGGGACCAAGCUGGUUGUUUCCUUCUGCAGUGGAAAAAGCGGCUGGCAUGUGGAACCCCAGCACUGCUUCUGGCUCUCAGGGGAGCAGUUCAAUGAGGCAGUGCACAUGUAUAACAGGAAGCAAGCUGAGCAUGAAGAAGAAGAGGGCAGUGAGACUGAUGAAGCUGAAGGGUCAGGGUCUGGUGACUCUAGAGUGUCCAGCAGUGCUUCAAGUCAUUAAUCACAUAUUAUGCUUCCAACUUGCUUAACAAACAGCAUCGCUGAAAGACAGAGGUGCUGCUUUGCAUCUCUUCCAGUGCCGGAUCUGCUUCCAAUCCAGGUCAUUGUUUAUUUUCACCAUCAGAGAUUGGAAGAGCCACCAGUGGGUAUGACAGCGAGAGAUGUUGUGAACGAAAAACACCUGUUGCUUUUACAAAACCAGAAUUAAACUAGUGUAUCGUUUCAUGAAAAGACUCUUAAGAACUGAGUAAAGAGCUUUGAGGAAAGGCCCUACCUGAAUAUAGUGCUUUAUAUUCAGGGCUUGUCCUUUCCCCGAGUGGUUUAAACAUGCAUUAGUCAUGAAAUCUUUCUCAUGCAUAUUCAGGCAGUGUGCUUUGUGUGUAAAUAGGGCGAUGGAACUGGGUCUACAAUAACGCUUAGCAUUUAGCGUCUCAUCAAUAAUCAUUAUAGAUGGUAAUCUAAAAAAUAAAAAAAAAGAUUUUAAUUUCAUUUGAAAAGUGUGAAUACAGACUGUGUUUGACAGACACUUCAGGGUAAUCAAUGAGCAGUAUGUAUGAAACACAGGCAUUGCAAUUGAAAUUUACUUUUUUUUCCAGGGGUCUACUUAGCUGGUAAGUUCAAAGUCUACUUUUUUUACAAACAGAUAAAGAGACAUUGUGUGUAAUUGAACCUCUACAUAAUCACUGGGGCGGACGGCUGCAGUGGUUUGAAUUCUGUGAAAUUUGAAUUCCUCAAUUAUAUGUUUUACAUGCUUUGAUCUGAUGAUUUAAAGUACUGAAGGGAAAUAAAAAAAAAAUGGAUUAGUCAAUUUCUGCCAAUUUCCAAUUAAAGAGAUUUUCUUUAAUUCAGUUCUGACUUCAAUAAUACAAAUAAGCUGGUUGGUAUUGUGCUGAAUACUACAUACAUACUAAUACAGUGUGUCUCCUAAAGCUU